AUGUUUCUACUCCCUUGUUUCUACUCUCAUCCUACCUCUCCUUGUGAAAUUGUAUCUUUCGAUCAAUUGCUGCUCAAAUCUAUAUUUGCCUUCCAUGAAAUACUCCAAGAACAUCCGUUCCGCGUGUUUUUAUUACUGUCCUGCUAUGUCUCGUCUCACAUCGCCCGCCUCUGCUAUCUGUGCUCGGUUCUCCAUUCUAAUGUGUCUCUAUUCUCUCCUUGUUACUCUUAUGUUUCGCCUCUGUCAAUCCAUCUCUGUAUACCAAUAUUUGCUUUACAUUUACUGCCGCAUAAUAUUCCAUCUGCUGCUUGUCUUAUUUUCCCCUACUCUACUUCGCUGUCCCCCAAUAUUAUAGUCACCUUCGACAAUAACUACAUCAUCCUAUCAGCAUUUCACCUGUUGUGUACUCACAACUUGACACUACUCUGCUCUCUUAUUCUCUACUUAUCUACAUCUCCUACUCUGGUGUUUAUACUCUAA